AUGAUCACGGACAAACAUUUUCUGGUCAACGAACCCGCCGAAAUUAUCGGUUCGGAUGUUAACAGCCCUUCGAGUAACAAUGAGGUUUUUUAUACACCGUCGGAAAUGCCGUCGUCAAAACCCAUCACUCCAAUGUAUCACACGCGGGAAAAUGAAAUACACAAACUACCAGAAAUGCUUUCAUCAAGCUCCGAUGCUGUGCAACCUCUUUCGCAUUUGUUGUUACCACCAUCUAUUAUCGAGACACCUCCUAAGGAAAGUAAUGAUCACACGGAAAAUCCUGAAUCAAUAUUAUCCGCAGACAUUGCAGAAUCUCCUCAUUCACUUCAAAAUAACGAGGCGACAACUGAGCACUUGAAUGUACACAAUAUUUUCGAUGCGAUCUCUGACACAAGUUCGGUCGCUAGUUUCUUGAAUGACUUCCACUAUGAGCCUGGAUCGAUCAUCAAGGAAGAUCGCAUGUUGGUCAGAAUUGGACACGAUUAUUGCAUACAUGCACCGCAAAGGUACGACGAAUACACUUUAAAACAAAGUCUUGUUUAUUCGGUGGGAUGGAGGGAGUACAUCGUGAAGUUGCGACCUGAAAAAGUAGAGUUUUACAAGAACAAGAAAGACAGAGUUGAUAAACUGUACUUCACUUCAAAAACCCGAUUAUCCCUAUACUCAGCGGUCGACUAUACUCUGGCGCUUAUAAGCCCUUGCGAACAUGGGAUGAAAAUAAUCACGUUUCGUCCAAGGACCAAAGCAUUAAGUACCGAGUGGUAUUUACUCCUUUAUAGGUUAUUCCCAAGACCUCUGGUAAAACCGAUCCCUUCUGUGUGCGAAGUUUUCGUGCCAGAUCUGGAUGUGAAAAUUCACAUUCCAUUAGAGGAUGGCGAUCGCGCAUUUCGGCUUACGGCAGAGGAGGUAACGAAAGUCGUGUUGGAUCAAUUGUCGGGCGUAAGGGAGUGGGAGGAUGUGUUGAACGAAUGGAUGGAAAGCGGGGACCUCAGGUUGUGCUGGAAGAGAUAUGAUCGACUUGAAUGGAUUAUUUGGGAAGAGAAUGAUGAGAACAUUGAUCGGAAUGAUUUUCUGGUUUGUCCACAAUUCAUUGAAGAGACGCAUCAAUUACAAAUGCGUAUUACUCAACAUUAUCCAACGUCCGUUACAUUGGCCGACGGAACAAAAUUAACUGUAAGGAAUCAAAAUGAUCUAUGCCUCACCAAUCCAUUUGCAACUAUUUCACCAUCUUACUUUCAAUAUCUUACAUAG